AUGUUUCGUGAUUGGUUGUCAGCUUUGGCUAUUGGUAUUGUUGAUCUUUCAACAAUAUUGUUUGGUAGAACGUUCUCAGCAUUUGCUCAUAAAAUCUGUCAAUCUCAUAUUGAUGACAAUCUCAAACAGCUCAUUAUGCUUUUCCCUAAACGAAAAGAGUAUCUAACUGAUGGUAAUUUCACUGCUAUCAAUUUGAAUGUUGGUAAUAUUCUCCAAAUGACUUAG